CUUCGUUUCCCAGGUGGCGCCGCGCCGCGCCGCGCCGCGGGGGGGGCGGCGUCCUCCGCCAUCUUGGCGCUGCCUCGCUCGCUGCGGCUGGAUUGAAUGAGCCCGCCGCUCGCUCGUCCCGCGAAGCGAGCGCCAUGGCGGGCACCCCGCUCUCCCCCGCCCGCAUCUCCCGGCUGCAGGAGAAGGAGGAUUUGCGGCAGCUCAAUGACCGCCUGGCCGUCUACAUCGACCGGGUGCGGGCGCUGGAGCUGGAGAACGACCGGUUACUGCUGAAGAUCUCCGAGAAGGAGGAGGUCACCACCCGGGAGGUGAGUGGAGUCAAGACCCUCUAUGAAUCUGAGCUGGCUGAUGCCCGAAGAGUUCUGGAUGAGACUGCAAGAGAGAGGGCCAAACUACAGAUUGAAAUAGGAAAGCUAAGAGCAGAACUUGAUGAGGUCAAUAAGAACUACAAAAAGAAAGAUGCAGAUUUGUCCUUGGCUCAGAGUCGCAUUAAGGAUCUUGAAGCCCUGUUCCAUAGAAGUGAAGCAGAACUCAGUACUGCUCUUAAUGAGAAGCGCAGUUUGGAAGCAGAGGUUGCUGACCUGCGGGCCCAGCUUGCUAAGGCAGAAGAUGGUCAUGCUGUGGCUAAGAAGCAAUUGGAGAAGGAGACAUUGAUGCGGGUGGACUUGGAGAAUCGCUGCCAGAGUUUGCAAGAGGACCUGGAUUUCCGGAAGAACAUAUUUGAGGAGGAAGUAAGAGAGACAAGGAAACGGCAUGAGCACCGUUUAGUUGAGAUAGACAGCAGUCAUCAGCAGGAGUAUGAAUCCAAAAUGGCCCAGGCCCUGCAGGAUCUGCGCAAUCAACAUGACGAACAGGUCAAACUGUACAAAAUGGAGCUGGAACAGACCUAUCAGACCAAGUUGGAGAAUGCCAAACUGUCCUCUGACCAAAAUGACAAAGCUGCCAAUGCUGCCCGGGAGGAGCUGAAGGAAGCUCGCAUGAGGAUAGAGUCUCUCAGCUACCAGCUUUCUGGCUUGCAAAAACAGGCUAGUGUUGCCGAAGAUCGCAUUCGGGAAUUGGAGGAUAUGAUGGCUGGUGAGCAGGACAAGUUCAGGAAGAUGCUAGAUGCCAAGGAGAGGGAAAUGAUGGAAAUGAGGGACCAGAUGCAGCAGCAGCUUGCAGAAUACCAGGAACUGCUUGAUGUCAAAUUAGCGCUGGACAUGGAGAUCAGUGCUUACCGAAAACUUCUGGAGGGUGAGGAAAAGAGGUUGAAGCUCUCUCCAAGCCCUUCCUCCCGUGUUACAGUCUCCAAGGCUACCUCCAGCAGCAGUAGCACCAGCACUUCGGUUGUUCGCUCUUCUCGAGGCAAGAGAAAACGGGUUGAAGCAGAGGAACUUUCAGGCAGUGGUACAAGUGGAAUUGGCACUGGGAGUAGUAGUGGUAGCACCAGCGGUAGCAGCAGUAGUUUCCAAAUGUCCCAGCAAGCCUCAGCCACAGGAGGCAUCAGCAUAGAAGAGACAGACCUGGAGGGAAAAUACGUUCAACUUAAGAACAACUCUGAGAAGGACCAGUCUCUGGGUAACUGGAGACUGAAGAGACAAAUUGGAGAUGCAGAAGAAAUUGCUUAUAAAUUUACUCCAAAGUAUGUCCUCAGGGCUGGGCAAACUGUUACAAUCUGGGCUGCAGAUGCAGGUGUGACUCAUAGCCCCCCUUCUGUCCUUGUGUGGAAGAAUCAGAGCAGCUGGGGCACUGGAGGAGACAUCCGCACAUAUCUGGUGAACUCUGAUGGAGAGGAAGUUGCAGUAAGAAGCAUCACAAAAUCAGUUGUGGUGCGGGAGAAUGAGGAGGAUGAUGAAGCAGAGUUUGGAGAAGAGGAUCUCUUUCACCAGCAGGGGGAUCCCAGGACAAUGUCUAGAGGAUGUUCAGUGAUGUGAAAAAAACAUUAUUAUUUGCUAUUUUAUCCUUUCUUUCCUUUUAUUUUUGAUAUUUUUUUCCUCCAGAGCCACUGAAAACUAUUUUUAUAUGUAUCAUCUGAUUUCUUUAAAAGUUUACUCCUUGGUACAUUUUUAUAGAAAAAAUUUUAAUCAAGCAAAACUGCCAAGAUUUUUAAAUAGAUUUCUUUAUCCUCCCCCCACCCACUAUUGGAAUAUUGGAUUAUUUCCCCACCAUUAAAACCUUUGUCUUGUAUUCAAACCUGCAGUAGAAUGAAUUUUAAGCUAAAAUGGGACUGGACUUCUUGAGUAUAGGGUAAAUAUUAGGGCUGUCGAUUAAUCACAGUUAACUCAUGCGAUUAACUAAAAAAAAUUAAUCGCACUGUUAAACAAAAGAAUACCAAUUGUAAUAUAUGAAAUAUUUUUGGAUGUUUUUAAUGCAUUUUCAAAUAUAUUGAUUUCUAUAACAACACAGAAUACAAAAUAUACAGUACUCACUUUAUAUUGUUGAUUACAAAUAUUUGCACUAUAAAAAUGAACAAAAGAAAUAGUAUUUUUCAUUUCACCUCAUACAAGUACUGUAGUGCAAUCGCUUUGUUGUGAAAGUGUAACUUACAAAUGCAGAUUUUUUGGUUACAAAACUGCACUCAAAAACAAAAAAAUCUAAAACUUUGGAGCCUACAAGUCCACUCAGUCCUACUUCUUCUUCAGCCAAUCGCUCAGACAAACAAGUUUGUUUACAUUUGCGGGAGAUAUUGCUGCCUGCUUCUUAUUUGCAAUGACACCUGAGAGUGAGAACAGACAUUCGCAUGACACUUUUGUAGUGGGCAUUGCAAGGUAUUUACAUGCCAGAGAUGCUAAACAUUUGUUUGCCCCUUCAUGCUUCAGCCACCAUUCCAGAGGACAUGCUUCCAUGCUGAUGAUGCUCGUUAAAGAAAUAAUACAUUAAUUAAAUUUGUGACUGAACUCCUUCGGGGAGAAUUGUGUGUCUCCUGCUCUAUUUUCCCUGCAUUCUGCCAUAUAUUUCAUGUUAUAGCAGUCUUGGAUGAUGACCCAGCACAUGUUGUUUUAAGAACACUUUUUCAAAGCAGAUUUGACAAAACACAAAGAAGGUACCAAUGUGAGAUUUCUAAAAAUAGCUACAGCACUAGAGUCCAAGGUUUAAGAAUCUGAAGUGCCAUCCAAAAUCUGAGAGGGACGAGGCGUGGAGCAUGCUUUCAGAAGUCUUAAAAGAGCAACACUCUGAUGCAGAAACUACAGAACCUGAACCACCAAAAAAGAAAAUCAACCUUCUGCUGGUGGCAUUUGACUCAGAUGCUGAAAAUGGACUUGCGUUGGUCUGCUCUGCUUUGGAUCGUUAUCAAGCACAACCCGUCAUCAGCAUGGACGCUUGUCCUCUGGAAUGUUGGUUAAAGCAUGAAAGGACAUAUGAAUCUUUAGUGCAUUUGGCACGUAAAUACAUUACAGUGGCACGUGAACGCUUGUUCUCACUUUCAGGUGACAUUGUAAACAAGAAGCGGGCAGCGUUAUGUCCUGCAAAUUGUAACCAAACUUGUUUGUCUGAACAAUUGGCUGAAAUAGGACUGAGUGGACUUGUAGGCUCAUUUUACAUUGUUUUAUUUUUGAAUGCUUUAUGAAUUAUGUUUUUUAUUUUUUGUACAUAAUUCUACAUUUGUCAGUUCAACUUUCAUGAUCAAGAAAUUGCACUACAGUACUUGUAUUAGGUGAUCGAAAAAUACUAUUUCUUUUGUUUUUUACAGUGCAAAUAUUUGUAAUAAAAAAUAAAUAUAAAAUGAAGAGUGUACACUUUGUAUUCUGUGUUGUAACUGAAAUCAGUAUAUUUGAAAAUGUAGAAAACAUCCAAAAAUAUUUAAAUAAAUGGUAUUCUAUUAUUGUUUAACCGUGCGAUUAACCACGACUACUUUUUUAAUUGCUUGACAGUCCUAGUAAAUGUCUUUAACCUCAAACUGAUUUUUAAAGAAUAGAUUUAAGGCAGUGUGAACCUGUACAGGGCUUUCAGAGAACCCAACAUGAGUGCUUCCCACAGUACUGGAGUCAUUUAAGAAAAUGGUAAUAUCCUUUUGAUGUACCGAGUCUUGUAUACACUCGGAAAAUUAUAACCCAGAAUUUACCACAGAUGCUUCUCCACUAGUGGAAGCAAUGAUAGAAGCUGCAGUGUAGACAGAGGUGGCAAGAGUACUGUGGCAUUUAACCCUGUUCCAAGUAGGAUUAGACAACGUGGUAGUAAAAACAUCUGAACACUGUCUGCAUUAUCACUCGGUCAUUGUUAACACUGGUGGAGAAUGAUGGGUUCCAGUUCCAGUUCUAGGGCAGGCAUAGUCUGAAUGUAAGGAGGGACCAAAGCUGAAUUUUUCAGUUUUAUUUAUUGGGACUUUCAGUCAUGAUUGAGACCCUAAUAAACAGUGGCUGCAAGCCUGAAAUUGUGAUGUACAGUAGCUAUGAUGAUAUGAAUCAUGAUGUAAUGGUUCUAAAGUAUUUGGCAUUAAACAGAACUUUUGGUUUCAAUAAUUCAGAUUUUAGAUGUUAAAAUAUUUUAUUUUUGGCUAUGAUAAAUAUUUGAUGGGGUUUUAAAAAGCAAUCGUAAAAAAUCACUGCUGCAUUCAGUUUAUUAAUAGUUCUGUUGUAUGUAAAGAGACAUUGUCAGAUAGUUUAGGCAACAAAGUAUUUGCAAAAUGUCUUAGAAGUGUUCUCAUGACACUUGCAUUUACAAAAACAAAAGUGAGAAGCUUUUGGUUUGGGGGUAAGCAGUUUCUUGCAUUGUUUGCAGAAGAAGGUUGUCCAGCCUGACUGAAAUGCUUUAAGUAAACAAACACAAAAAAUGUAAGUAUAAUACAUAUUACAACAGAAGUAAGACAUUACUAAAAAAAAAAAAAAAAAAAGUUAUUGUAUCUGGUAACGUCUCUUUAAGCUCAGGUUUCCUCUCCUGUGUUUUUACCAGAGGUAACUUUUGACUACCAGAAGCCUUAGGAUUCAAGUGGUAGUGAACCUCUAUACACUAUGAAGUAUAAUUGACUGCUCCAAAGACUAUAUUGACCGCAAUGUAAGCAGACAUUUUUCCCAAUAGUUGGUCAUUUGGAUGCUAUUUGAUGCCAGCAUAGAACUCUUGUAUUACAUGCACUCUUGAACUCUGAUCUUGUUAUUCAAGUAGUUUAGAUUCAUCACACAAGCUAGAAGGUUUGGAUGUUUUCGGUGGCUUUUGGACAUUAUGUUCUCUGAACAAUAUUUAGACUGACAGAUAUAAUUUAGAAGGCCAGGUUAGUGGCUUUAAUUGAUGGCUUUGUUGCAAUGUAAGCAGGGUGGGAAAGAAACUGAUUUUAAAAAAGGUUAUGAACUUUCUCUUCUCAUUUAAAAAAAUGUCAGAGGUGCUAAUUUUCUGCAGGUGUUCACAAAAUGUUCACCUCAGUAAGGUGAUUUAAUUAUCACAAUUAAAUACUAGUAAAAGUAUUUAGAAUUAUAUUUUAGUCCAUUAUCAACAUUCAUUGUGAAAAAGCGGUAAAAAGAAAUGGAUUUUCAGAAUGUUUCUCUUUGUCCUUGUAUUUCGUCAUUUUUCUUACAUUCUCACUCUGCUGAGUAGGUUGAAUAUGUAGUAAAUCAUACCUAUCGAUAUAAAAUAUAUAUAGCUGAAAUUGUGUUUCUCAACCAUACCACAACCAAUUACCUUUUCUAAAUUGUUAUGCAAAUUAAUGCAAUCAGGGUGAAACUGUUUUUGCAAAAUACCUUCUAACCACUGGACUCUGUUUCCCUUUCCAACUCUGUUUUCAUGAUUUACCUUAUAUAGAAGAUAUUUGGUUGUUUUUUUUUGUUUUUGUUUUUAAGAUCUAUCUAUAUAUAUUUUUUUUUACGUUGGCCAGUAUUCAGAGUGCUCAUUCUGCUUUAUGGUAGACUUAUUCUUUUAAUAUUUUAAACUAUAUAGAAUAAUAUGUAGUUCAUUGAAGAAUCAGUUGGCUUUAUUUAGUGACUUUCCUUGUAAAGUCUGGGCUAGAAGGGCAGCUUGUAUCAGAAAAGACCUCGUGAUCUGAGCCAUAGUUUCUGCAACACCUACUGAAUAUGAGAAUAUGUCUUGCUUUAGAGUCUGAUGCUUGCAGACCCUUACUACUGGCUGUAGUGCCCUUUACCCUGAACUGGCUCAUGGAAGUCAGUGGGACUGGCCAAGGUAGUGAGCACAACAUCGCCUAGUAAGUGUCCGCAGAAUUCGGCUCUGAGUUUGGAGUUGUUUCUUGUGAAACUUCCUAGAAGCUUGUUCAAAUGUCAGUGCUGGUACAGAUUAACUUAUUUUAAGUUCUGCACAUGCAAGGUUGAAGAGCUUGAUGUUUUAUGGCCUUUGUUAUCUGUAAUAAUCCUGCCUGAAACUGACACACAAGAUUACACCAUUAAGAAAGGCAAAAAAGGCUGCAACAGUGAUUUCUGGAUGUAAAUUGCUUCUUCACCAUGCCUUGUUUAUGUAACAUAUGUGCUUAGGGAUGGUGGUAAUGUGGGACAGUAUAAGACUAACCUCCUAAAAGCAUCUUUGCUUUGGUGAUUAUCGCUGUAUUUUUCAGGCUACUUAAAAUGUAAGAAGCAAUUCAUGAUUGUAAAGUGCAAGACACUGUAAAACUACUGUAUUCUCCUUCUUGUUUGCAUUAAUGUAUCUAUUCUGAAAACACCACCUUUCCCAUUUAUGUUUGACUUGCUGAACAUUCAGUCUGAUUCUUCCAUCAGUAGGCACUUCAAACUGGAAGCAUUUUCUGCUAUACCAGAUCUAAAGCAGCACUGUUGGGUUUUGUGGGGUGUCUUUUUGGCGUAUUUAUUUUUCUACUUUUUUCUUUUUUUUUUUGGCCAAUCCCACUAGUUAGUUAAAGCUUUAUGUUCACACCAAGUGUAGCUUCUCCCUACCUGGUCAUCUUUUUCUAUUAGAUCCUGCAGGUGAGCCAUUCAUGUUGUAUGUGGAAGUUCAUCAGAAUUUCCAUAGCAAUAGACUAAUAUUACAAAUGCAGGUUUCCUGAAGAAGGCAGAGUUGGCCUGUGAGGGAGAAUUGGCCAGUCUAAUUAUCACGAAAUAAUAAUUUUGCUCUAGCUAUGCCACUAUAACUCAUUGGUGUGGACUUUCUAUUAAUAGAAUCAUAGAAUAUCAGGGUUGGAAGGGACCUCAGGAGGUCAUCUAGUCCAACCCCCUGCUCAAAGCAGGACCAAUCCCCCACUAAAUCAUCCCAGCCAGGGCUUUGAUCUGGAAAUUCUAUUCUGGAAUUCAAGUCAUUUUAUUCUGAAUAGAGUAUCCACUUAAGGGAGUUACACCAGAAUAGGUAUAGCUGGUCAGUUUUCCCAUGCAGGCAAGCCUUUAUUCACUAAUAGCAAAGGGAACAGCACCAAAUAGCUGUGUGAACAGCAUGCUAUAAAUGCCCCCUCUCCCAGGUUUGCAUAUUGUGAAGGUACUUGCAAUGGGGGAGGGGAGCAAAUCCAGCCCCAUCCUGCAUAGCAUGGCCAUAGAGGAAUCUGAGCUCCUGGUGUGACAAUAUGCAGCGGGAGAGGCAUGGCUGCACAGAUCCUCCUGUCCCUCUCCUUCCUGACAACCUGCUUCAGGUCACACUUCAGAUAUUGUGCUGCAAUAGCCUCUGGGAAAUGGCAGCUCUGCCCAGGCAAUGGAACAGCCAUGAUUCCUCUCUCCCUGCACAUGCCUAGUACCCAGUCUGGUUAUCUGGGCUGGUACAGGACUCUGGAUUUGCCCCUGGACGCAUAAAAGAAUUAGAAAUGAUUUGUAGGUCUUUGAUCAGUGUUGCUGUGCCAGUGUCUGGGGGUUGGCCAGCAUACAGCAUGCAUUCAUAGUAAGAACCAAAAACAGUCUCAGGAAGGGGGGAGAGAAGUCAGCUUCCCACAGCCUGAAAUGUAAAGGCUAGGUUAGCUUGACUCUGCUGAAUGUAAUUGCUGUUGGUUACAUUACAAUGUGAACCAGAAUGUACUGUGAAGGGAAAUGAAUUCAGUAUACAUGUUUUUUGUUGAACAGGGCACCCAGAACCCACAGCAUGUACCCAGAGGGGUUUAAUGUUCUUCAUACACUUUAAAACACUUGCUUUUUAAACAUCCCAUGUAAAAAUCUGAAACUGGUUAGACAUAGUGUAGGGGCAGAAAGUGGCUCCUAGAGAUUACUUUGCACCCUCAUCCCAUCUGAAAGGUAAAUCCUUCCUUUUGUAGUCCCCUGUAUUAAUAGGAGAAGGAUGGAUAGUACAAGUGGCAGUCUUUUAACAAUAUAAUGUAUGCCCUUUAGCCACUUAUCUUACUUUCUCAGUUUUAAGCCAUUUGAUAGUUAUUCUUUCUAUAUCUAGUUUUGAAAAGCUAACCUCUAAACAGAAGGCAUGUCCAUAUUGGAUACUGGCCUUUACCAUCACUGUUGGGCCCAAUUCCAAACCCCUAAGUUGGAAGGAAACAGCCUUAUAGGGAUCAGUGAGUGGAAGGAUGGUUGGUGAUUGCAUUUCAAAGCAUUGCAUUAGCUGAAUGUGGAGAUAAAUUGUUAGAUUUUUGUUACUGUCUGAAACUUAAAAUGGUCUGGGAAACAUAAUUUCUAUUUGCCCUUAAAUAUGUUUAGCUUUAAAAUAAUUUAAAGGUGAUUUUUAUGUAAGCCCAUAUUUACAUUCAAUUAUUAUUUGUAAACAUAAUGCCUUUCUUGAAAUGCUAACGUCUAGAGGAAAAAAAGAUGCUUACUUUUGAGAGAAUUAGUUCAAAGAAGCACAAUGCACUGUAUUGACUUUGGGGAUAGUAAAAGAAAAAUGUCUUAUUGAAUUUCCAAGAAGUUGUAGUCAUGAGUUCAUGUAGAUUUGAUGUAGUCUACAUGAUGUAGUCUGCUGGGUCGGACAGACAUUCUGCUGUUUUUCAGAUACCCAGACUAUUACACUAAUAUUGCAAGCAAUAAGCUAGUUUAAGCCAAGAGGCUUUACAUUUGGACAGAAGGAUACUGUCUUGUUUGAACUCUAUUUUCGUAACAGUAAUGAAUUGUAAUUUUUUAACACAGCCUUUUCAGUAGCUCCAGGUCUAGGCCACUGCUCACCUUGAUUGACAUUUCCUUGGGAAAGUUGCUGUAAAAGAGCUCUUUGAUAAUGGCUUAUUGAGUUUUUAAAUAAGUAAUUACGAAAAAAAUCUGCUAAUUGAAGAAGAGAGAAAUAGAAAAUGAUAGUGUGGGGCAUAUGAAGACUACACAAAGAUCUAGACUUUAUCAUUUCACAAUUUUUUGAUUUAAAAAUAUGCAUGCCAAAUGUCUUUCCAUGAUUUGUAAUAUACAUUUUCUGACUGGAAACUUUUUUGUACAACACACUCCAAUAAAUGUUUUGAAUUUU